AUUUUCCUUUUAACAAACUAUAAUUUGAUCUAUUUCAAAUUAAGUUAAGGGAAAAUCAAUCUUUAAUCAUGGCAAAGAUCUCCUUUGUGCUUCUCGUUGUCGCCCUUAUUGCUUUUCAACAUGUCUCUGAGGCUCGUCGUCCGAUUAAUGUUAACGAAGAAGUGGUUGAAAACGACUUGCACCAAGCCAAAGACUUGCUCGAAGAGGACUUGAAAGAAAAAGAAACGAACAUCAAGAACUUGGAAAGCGAGGUGAAUUUGUUGACUGAUUCUGAGUUGACGCUCAUUCAGCUCGAAGAUGCUUACAAAAGUGGUAAGAGUCUUGACCAUUUCGGGAAAAAACUCAAGAAAUUCAACAGGAAGAUCAAGCAAGCGCCUGAGGAAGUGAGAUACGUUUCCAUAAUCCAAUCCAUUUUGAAGGAUUUGGGAUUAAACAAAUCGAAAAACUAAACCAAGAAUUUUAAUUAGGGGUUUGAUGAACGUUUAAUCUUUUGAUGCGUUCAAAGGAGGUUUUCAAUUCGCCCAUGGAGUUUGGCUUUACAAGUGAGAGGAGCAAAUAACUUGCCCAUAGUAUAUAUAUUUAAUUGCAUCAACUGAAUAAUUAAUCAAUUGUACUACAAUUAAUUGGAAUGUAUUACUACUACUAAUACUGUUGAGGUACUUUUGUAAGGUUUUCUUUUUUUUAAUUUAGGUCUUAUCCCAAUGCAUCUUAAAAUUAGUUACAGAAAUAUAACAGAUUUAAACUUUGUUUA